AUGAUGUUACUAAGUCUCGCAGUCAGUGAUUUAUUAAUGGUGGUUUCAAUGCUGUUUAAUAGCAUCAUGAUAAUGGAUGGUGAAUGGAGAUUCAGUAAUAUUCUUUGUAAGCUUGUCUCAAGUCUUGCCCUCACGUUGUGUUUUAUAUCAAUUUUACAUCUUUGCUUGUUAAGUUUUGAUCGAUAUAUCCGUAUAAAGAAACCAUUACGUUAUCAACAUCUCAUAUCACAACGUACUGUAACAGUAUUGAUGGUACUAAUCUGGCUGGUACCAUCGCUUGUGGUGAAUCUACCAUAUGCAGACUUCGAGUUUCGGUCUUCAGUGUAUGGUUGUUUGAAAGACAGUUCACACCGAAACCCCUCAUCAACUUUUCUUCUCGUCAUAAUCUUUGUUAUUCUUCCGUUCUCUGUUCUAUUUUAUAUUUACGCGUAUUUCUUCAAGGUUGUUCGUGAACACGCAAGACGUAUCGUUGACGCUGCUGUUAAUAAUGUACAUGAGACUUCUCAUCGCCAUUUGAGGCUUUUUGCUAGACAACAAGUCAAGUCGAUUAAAACAUUCGCGUUCGUUAUAGGAACAUUUCUCCUGUGUUACACUCCGUUCUUUCUUCUCGGUACUUACGUAUCGUCGAAGGGGUCUGGUACGAUUUCUGCUGACGUCAUGUCUUUAGUCACGUGGCUUGCAUUCUGUAAUUCCUUCUGUAAUCCUGUUGUUUAUAGUUUAAGAUAUAGGAAUUUUCGUGAAUCAUUCCGAAAUAUUCUGUGCUCUCCUCAGACCAUAAUGACGUCACGCCAGACAGAUAAUGUCCGUAAUAUGAGGACUGUUGGCAAAAAUAAUCUUAAUGUUUCACCUCUCUAACCCAGCGAAAAUUUAUAUGUUUUCCAAUGAUGUUCUCUUAACGUUUUCCUAUGACUAUAGUAAUAAAUUGU